UUUUCUCCUUUUUUUCCAAUUUCCUUUCCUUCCUACCCUUCCUUGCUACAAUAGUGAAGAUAGAAGUUUAAUCUUCAAGAAUUUGAAUUUAUGGCGCGUAUACACCCUCUACAUACCUAUAUGUAUACUCAAAUAACCUGGUGAUGGCCUAAGUCACAUACAGUUAGUUGUAACCAAUAAGACAAGGUCACAAAAUCAAGACGAAGAAGAUUAGUAGAUCAUCGUUCCCUUAUCAGCUGACGUGCUACUGCUGCUCGAUGAGGGACAUAAUAUAUAAACACUCGGACGUGCGUAAAUCACGGGAAACUCGCAACUUUGUCUCUUAUCUGCUUAUAUGUAUAUUCUGAUACUUACGCUGUUCGCGUAAGUUCUGAGUUCUUCACGAACUAACCUGCACGAGGUUAGUAGCUUCGAGAUUGUACAGCAGGAUGAUUUCGACUUUUUACGAGAGGAUCGUCGGGACGUCGCCUCCGCCGGAGCCGAAUGAGCCGAAGAUCCUCUGCGUUGGACUCAGCUGUUUGGAUAUCGUGCAACUCUGUAAACACUAUCCCGAGGAAGACACAGAUCAGAGGUGCAUUGACUUUAGGUAUCAGCGAGGAGGCAAUGCCAGUAAUAACUGCACUGUAAUCUCCCAGUUUGGCCAGCCAUGCGAGUUUCUAGGAGUACUGAGCAAUGAGCAGUUUUCUCGGUUCCUCCAAGAUGACAUGCGGAAGCAUAAAAUUGAUUUUUCACACUGUCCAAUGGUGGAGGAUGGCGGAUGUCCAACAUCAGUUGUCGUAUUGAGUAUGAGCACAGGCAGUCGUACCAUUAUACAUCAUAAUCAGAAUCACGCUGAGAUAACUCUGCAGGAUUUUGAGAAAUUAAAUUUGGAAGAUUACAGUUGGGUACACUUUGAGGGAAGGAAUAUUGCAGAGGUUUUGCUGAUGAUGCAACAUAUAGAAAAUUACAAUAGGUCCUUGGCCCAAACAUCAAGCGAAGGUGAUGAUAAAUUUACUCACCAUCAUCUUCCAAUAACAAUUAGUGUUGAGUUGGAGAAAAUGAGACCUGAGCUACUAGACUUAUUACCAUAUGCGGAUGUUGCAUUUGUAUCUAAAGACUUUGCUGAAUGUAGAGGCUAUGUCAAUAUGAGUGAGACUUUAAAAAAUGUCAGCCAAGAUGCCAAGACUGGAGCAACAAUAUUCAGUGCCUGGGGAGAUAGAGGAGCCAUGGCUCGAGCUCCAGAUGGAAGCAUAGUCCAAUCGCCUGCCUUUCCACCUCACAAGAUCAUAGACACACUCGGCGCCGGCGAUACGUUCAACGCGUCGAUUUUGUAUUAUUUAAAUAAGGAAAAACUAGCUUAUAAGAAGGGCAGCAGAAGCGAUGAAUCUGCCAAAAAUGAAAUUCUGCAGAACUACAAUAUUGAGAGCUCCGAGAAGAGUCAGACUGAAUUUAUCAAUCGAGAUGUCCUCCAAGGCGCUGUAAACUUUGGCUGUCGACUGGCCGGUGCUAAAAUCGGCCUUAGAGGCUUCGAGGGUUUAUGCGACGUUUAUAAGAACUACUUGUGAUAAAAAACUCGCUAGUCAGGCAUUUCAUAAAUCUAUAUUUCGUAAACAUUUUUUACAAAGAGGUUUGAAUUUCAUUGAAAAAGUAUAAAAAGUGUGGAUUCUUUUUUGUAAUAUACGUCGAGAUCGGUUUUUCAUAUUUGACGCACCAGAAUAAGCAUAAAAAAAAAACGAGUUCUUUUAAUCUUGCCGUCAUAAACUAAUGGACGUAUGUAUUUUCUAACACCAAAACAUUUUUUUUCCAUUACUGAUGUUAAUGGAUAGUUGAAAAAAUGAAAAACGUUGAAUAUUCAAUAAAUGAAUUGUGUUACAUAUAUGCAACAUAAUGCAUUAUUUACAAGCUGAAAAAGAGUGCAGUGCUUGCGUUUACUCGCGAUACAUAGUUUUAAAUGCACACUGUACUCCCGGUCGACUCGGUUGCAUCCCUGGUUAAAAAAUGUUGUUAAAAAUGUUUGCAAUCAAAAAAGAAAACCAAAAUUGUCUUGUCACGGCUAACGUCCAAAAUAAUAAUGAUUUACAUGUCAUGCACAUAGACUUUUACAGUCAAGUGCAAUACCUUAUCAAACAUAAGGAUAAUUGAGAAGUAAAAAAAAUGAAUUCGACAUAAAUAAAGUCAACAGCGUUCGUAGAUCAUUUUAAUCAGGGACGCAACUCUGAAAAUUAUUUGUGACAUCGUUCUUCGCGCGGACGCAUUUCGGUUACGCAGCUAAUCACAGCUUUCAUGAAUGAUAUGAAAUAUGCGUCAAACGACACAUUGGUUGAUCGUUUGUAAAAAAAAGAAAUUAAGCCCGGCUCUAUAUCCAUAUGUUUGUUUGCUCAAUGUUUGUAUUAUUAUUUAUCAAAGCGACGCAGGACAUUCACGCGCUUCAGUCUUGAGAAAGUUGGCGCUUCCUUGUGUCGCUGUUUCUUUUUCUCUUAAUUACAACUAGGCGCGUCUGUUCGCGGUUCGCUUUGAUAAAACGACGAGCAUUUUUGUACGUUUUUGUCUUGCGCAGAAACGUCGAUAGUCCAGAUCUCUGGUUCGGAUGGUCCCUUAUCAGUUGUCAGCGGCGACACCGCUGUCCAGGAAAUCUUUGAUAGCUCGUGGCACUUUCUCCGGAAAAUUUCUGCAAUACAUGUACAAGUGAUUAAUCCACUUAAUUUUUCGACUUAUUUGUCGUAAACGAAUGUCAAACAAACCUGAGGAAAUGGUUGACGCCCAGCCAGUGCGAGGGAAUCGAUAACUCCGGGACGUUUCUUCGCUGCGCCCUGACUAUGACAGCAGCUGCCUCCUGCGGUGGAACCACAGCCAUGAGGCUCGGAAACCUGAAAAGCGUCGAACGAUAUCGGCGUUAUUCGCAAUGAAUAUUAUGUAUUAUUAAACACCCAAGACACACACACACACACGCACACAUCACAUCACAUCGAAGAGACUGAGUACACUGAGAGAUAACAUUUAAUGAAAAACGUGUCGCACCUUGCGCCCAACAUUCCAGUCUGCUUGUAAAAAGAGAAGGGAUCGUUAGUUGGCUAUGAGUAGGACGAAAUGCUUUAUACUUAAAGAUAAGAGUAGCUGUGUGUAAAUAUAUUUAGAACUUAUAAGGUAUAUAUAUUUUUUCAAAUAAACGAAUAAACUAAUCGAGA